UUCUGUUCAGACUAUACUUCGUAGAGCACACCUCUCUUCCCUUCCAAAUCAUCGCAUAAUGUCCGAUCAAUCCCAAUACCACUGUACUCAGUACAUUAUUGAACCCAUCAGUCUGGUUCGGUUCCUUCGCAUCUGCUCGGUCAAGCAUGACACCGUACUCUUUCCCGGCUUUGAGCGGUCAAAUCCAGCCACCCAGGUACUCGUACUCUGUACAGAGCUCUUUUUCAAGAAAACGAACUAUUGAAUCCAGAUUGGUAUGAAACUGCAGAAUGCAUCCUCGUACAAUGCACUCAGAUUCGGUCCAGAUCCGAACCCAGAUCUUCCUACGAACCAAACCAUUCCGCACUCCGUAUCAGACUUCAAUCAUACCCAGGAAAAAGAAACAGGACUCAAUUGCGGCGUAUAUGUCCCACCUAUCCCAUUCACUACUGGAAAUUUUUUCCGCAGAGUAGCCGUAUGGCUGAAUACGAUCAACACUACAGCAUACUAUGGAUUUCUGCAUGUUCGUAAGAUGCGAGAUGCUGUUGAUCAAAAUGCGGCAAGUUCCCUUCCCCGAGCCGGGGCGGAAGGUUUUCCCCGUUCCUGGUUAUGUAUGAGGGAGAUGUACGCUGUGCAGAGGAUAUGUAUGUGUCUGCGGUGUGCUUGCGUCCGUGGAGGGGGGUAUGCCACGUACCGCGUAGAUUGUAUCUUAGUGUACUCCGUAUCUUAGAUAGGCAGGUACAUGUACUUGUACAUGGCAGAUGCAGAGAGAUAUGAU